GGCACUGGUCUUACAAAUCAGUUGUCGUAUGUUCGAGCCCUGUCGAGCGUAGUGUUUGCUACAAUCGCAUUAAUCAGAUGAUGGCAUUAAUAGACUUUAUUUAUCAACCAAAAGAAACGAAAAUAUAAAAAAAAAUACGUGCUUAAAGGAGCACUUAUCAUGGGAAGUAAUUGUCCCGAUAGUUCGUUCCCAGCGCAGUCAUGAGAGCUGUUAUUUACCCAUCAAAUCUCGCAUCCCGUAUGCAUUAAUAUUGCACUGAUUCAUAUAGCGGCGGAAGCCUAAGUUCGGGUCGAGACACCAGAUAAGCUGGUGCUGAUGGCAAUGUAAAUUAACUAGCAAGGACCAUGACGAAAUGCGAAGGAACAAAACAUAAACAAACUCCAAAAGGGAACGAUAACAAAUAUCGGUUAGAACUUGCUCUCGGAGGGUUGUGGUAAUAAAGUCAUAAAUGCAUCUCUAACGAAGGAUGCAAUAAAUCGACGAUCUAGUAACCGUCAUGGAAACAUCUGGUGAAAUAAUUAACAUGCUCUUCAAGCAUACAGAUAAGGUGCCGCAUAUGUUUAGAUAGGACGGCUAAGCAAGAUUUGAACUUGAACUUGAACCUUCUAGGAGGGCCCUUGCAGCCGUUAGGGAAUAGAGUGGGAUAGCACGAAAUGCAAGUGCAACCAUCUAAUCAAAUCUUUAUGUAGUAGUGAGGCACCAGGAAUUUGUGUACCGUGCUGACGAAUGGUAACGUCAGCAUCUAAGGAGAAAGGGAGAUAGUAAUAAAUGUUGCACUGCAUGUCGUGCAACAUCUUUAAUAUUUUACCAUAAGAUUCAUGUAUAUAUAGUUUAAGGAAAUUAAAAAUAAAUCAGUCAUCAGUUACCAGAGAAAACGGUCGUUCGCAUUCAUCACUAGAAAGAAAAUUCCCGGACGAGCCCCCACCAGAAGAAGUCAUCCUCCCCUAGAAGGAAGCAUCAUCGCCCAGGAACUAUGUUAACUACAGCAGCAGUUCUCAGCACGGCGAAUUCCUUAUUAGUAACACCGGUCGAGCAAGAUGGGGUAUUUCUCGACCACAUAGGAACUACUUUUAUGAAACGGGGCAUAUGGCGGACGAAUAUAAAUACGUCGAUAUCGCCGAAUGAAGACCGGGAAUUGAUCGAAGGCAUAAGAUGUAAUAUGUCAGCAACAAGGAAGCGCAUGACCAAGGACAUAAAAAAUGAAAAUAUGAAUAGAAUUUUGAGCGUCUUCGACAAAUUAUGCUCGGAUGCAAUUACCGAAAUUGAUUAUGAGCGAACAAGAUCUCGACGCUCAAAAGGGAUAUUUGGAUUCUUGUGGAGCUUCCUAUUCGGUGAAAAUGACAUCGAAACUGAACUAAAAGCAAUGAGAAUGCACGACAAUGAAAAAAUACAUCAGUUAUCUGAGUCGUUAGUUCAAUUAAAUGGAAAGACCACUGAGAUGGGAAAUACCUUAAACGAUCAAUUCUACGGUCUGAUGAAGGAAACAAACCACCUGAAGCAAAAGUACGCCCUAGGUGAAACGGAGUACUUGGAAAGUCGUUUGAUCGAGAUAAUCAUGCUUUCUCGAGAGACUAUUGACGCAGUGCUUCACAAGUACAAAAGGAUGAGAUCAUAUCCACUUUCGACGGAAGAACUUACCGCAACGUUCGACAACAUCUCGUCAACAUUGCCAGCAGGACUAACAGUUCUUCGACAAUCCUCAUUGGUAAAAUAUGAAACGCAGCAGAUCAAUGGGACUAUCGUAAUCGCAAUGUACACUGUAGUUGUCAGCAAAACAGUGUACGAAAUGUUUCGAAUUAUUCCUGUACCUCAUAUGGAAAAUCAUGCCAUCAUUGAUAUAGGAAAACCACGCAUACUGAUUGACCAUAACGGGGAAUAUUUCUACCCAACUACGGAACCAGUACGGAUGAACCAAACUCAUUUUAUCGUGGAACCUAGCCCGGUUCAUAAGGAGCUUGACUGCGUAUCUGGACUAGUGGCACACAAACUUUCGAAAAGCCGCUGCAAUAUUACGCACCUAUCGCCACCAUACGCCGAGAUGAUUUCACUCACGGAUGAGAACCAGGUGCUUUACUUCGCCAGCGACACAACUAGUAUUAUAAUUCACUGCAAGAAUUCUAUUAUAGCGCCACCAUACAAGGUGGCUGUAGUUAAAUUAGAUUUCGAUUGUAAAAUCCAAAAUAAUAAGAGUGUUAUAUAUGGAUUCGUGAAUAGGGAAGAAAGGCGGACAAACUUAUUCUUUAAAGAAAGAAUUCAGAUUAAUUUCAAUUUAGAGAAGAAUGAAACGGCAUUAGCAGAAUUAAAUAAGCCUGCGAAUCCAUUUGACAACAAAAUUUUCACUAUAACAACGGAUGAUUAUAAGGAACAAGAUAUAGGUGAACCCAUUAUUGAAUAUGUAUUAGUGGGUGUAGGAUUGUUAGGUAUUAUGUAUGUGGUAGUAUAUAUUUAUCUACGAGUUAAAAAAUGUAAUACAACACGAAAUUCCAGAAGACCGGCGGAGUGUUUGUUUCCACUUCCGCGAAAUACAGCUGAAAGCUCGUUAUAAAAAAAAUAAAGUCUUUGCAAUUAUUUAUAGGAAUAAUAAACUUAACAGAGAGGACGAACACAAUUUGAAAAUUUAAGAGUAAACACCAAUAUUCCACGACAGUCGCUCGAUUAUCAAUAAAGGUAAUUCUUCAGGAAGAUUUACGGGGCCAGAAAUGUCGAGCGUAGUGUUUGCUACAAUCGCAUUAAUCAGAUGAUGGCAUUAAUAGACUUUAUUUAUCAACCAAA